AUAAUAAUGGUGUAAAAAACUAAAAGAAAAAAAAAAUAAUAAAAAUAAUAAGAAAUAAUAUAUUUAUUUAUUAUAUACAAGAAUAAAAACAAGAAAAUAACAAAAUAUGAAAUACAACGAUAAAUAAAAUUUUUUAUUUAAAAUUUAAUUACAAGAGGAAUAAAAAUUAAGUAAUCCAAAUUAAAAAUAAAAAGCAAAAAAUAUUAAGUCAAAAAUGUAAAAAAAAAAACAAAAUUCAAUUUUCACACAAAAGGAAAUUAUAGAAAAAUCAAAAAAUUGAGUUACGCGCGGAGCUACGGUGCAAGUGGCUUAGUGUAGGUUGGAGGUGCGAUGUCCGAUAUCGGCAGCGGUGACGAAGGAGUUUCCGGACAAAAAUAUAAUGUUCAAGGAAUGGAUGGAGGCGGUGGUGAAUUCGAAUCUGGCAAGAGUCAGCAGGGCCAGCAGACAGAGCAAGAACUAGCUACUAAAAUGCUUCAAAUUCAAUCAAAAAGAUUUUAUCUUGAUGUUAAGCAAAACCGAAGAGGACGAUUUAUAAAAGUUGCAGAGAUCGGAGCAGAUGGACGUCGGAGUCAAGUGUAUUUGGCGUUAUCAACUGCAGCAGAGUUUAGAGAUCAUUUAUCAACAUUCAGUGAUUAUUAUGCUUCACUAGGACCACCGAAUCCUGAUAAUGUUCCAGAAGAUGGAAAGCUAAAGUCAGAGAUGAUGAUAAAAGAUAACCGAAGGUAUUAUUUAGACUUGAAAGAGAAUGCAAGGGGUAGAUUUUUAAGGGUAUCACAAACAAUUACUAGAGGUGGUCCCAGAUCCCAAAUUGCUAUUCCUGCUCAAGGUAUGAUUGAAUUUAGAGAUGCAUUAACAGAUUUAUUAGAAGAAUUUGGUACCAGUGAUGGCGGUUUUAAAGGUGAACUACCGGAAGAACGUCAUAUGAAAGUUGAUAAUAAAAAUUUUUAUUUUGAUAUUGGACAAAAUAAUAGAGGCAUUUAUAUGCGAAUUAGUGAGGUUAAAAGUAAUUUUCGUACAGCAAUAACAGUACCAGAAAAAUGUUGGACACGUUUUCGUGAUAUAUUAACUGAUUAUUGUGAGAAAAUGAAAAAAUCGUCCGAUUCGUCAAUCACUGCCGAAAAUAAUAUUCAAACAUCUUCAAAUAAUAUAAAAUAAUAAAAAUAAUAUAUAUAUAUAAAUAUAUUUAUAUAUAUAUAAAUAAAUUAAAAUAAUUUAAAGAAAACAAAAAAAGAAUAAAUAUAUAUGUAUGUAUAUGUACAUGAACAAUAUAUAUAUAUA